UACAUUCUCUUGUGAAAAACACGGUGUUAAACAUUAUCAUUGAUGCGAAACUAUUACGUUUAGGUCGCUUAUCGCAAUGCGCGGGAAGAAGCGACAGAGGGAGCCAAACCAACAUGGAGGCUGGAGUCAGGACGCUCGGAGGCAGGAGAGAGCGGAGCUCACACCGUCGCCUUCUCACUGGAGAACAAGACUCCGUAAACCACGGCGGUAGUCAGUGACGCCCCGAGCUGGGUGGACAUGACAAGCGAGAGACCGGUGACGAUGCCGGGCUCGGUGGCCGUCUCGCACCGACCACCUCCUCCGGGUCACGGCUGUUACCGACGCGCCGGGGAGGCGACCAUGACGUCCGGCUCAGUGGUGCUCCCAGGUGGGGUCGUCCAUCCCUCGUUACCGAUACGGAAUAUUCAGAUGAAAUUCGCGGUGCUCACUGGACUGAUCCAGGCUGGGGAAGUGAGCAACCGGGACAUUGUGGAGACAGUUUUGAACCUGCUGGUGGGUGGCGAGUUUGAUCUGGAGACCAACUUCAUCAUCCAGGAAGCAGAAAGCAUCGGCUGCCUGGUGGAGCUGCUGGAGCAUUGCAACAUCACCUGUCAGGCGGAAAUCUGGAGCAUGUUCACCGCCAUCCUUCGGAAAAGCAUGCGCAACCUGCAGACCAGCACGGAAGUGGGCCUCAUCCUGCAGGUGCUGCUCAAAAUGAGCUCGGUGGAAGAUAUGAUCGCAGACUUGCUGGUGGAAAUGUUGGGAGUGCUGGCCAGCUACAGCAUCACAGUGAAGGAGCUGAAGCUUCUCUUCAGCAUGCUGCACGGAGAGGGAGGCCUGUGGCCACGGCAUGCCGUCAAAAUGUUGUCGGUGCUGAAUCAGAUGCCCCAGAGACAUGGCCCAGAUGUCUUCUUCAACUUUCCUGGUCGCAGUGCAGCCGCCAUCGCUUUGCCUCCUAUCGCCCGCUGGCCUUAUCAGAACGGCUUCACAUUUAACACCUGGUUCAGGAUGGAUCCGCUGAACACCAUCAACGUUGACAAGGACAAACCAUAUCUCUACUGUUUUCGUACAAGCAAAGGGAUCGGAUACUCUGCGCACUUUGUCGGCAACUGCCUGAUUGUGACGUCGCUCAAGUCGAAAGGCAAAGGUUUUCAACAUUGCGUCAAGUACGACUUUCAGCCGAGGAAGUGGUACAUGGUCAGCAUCGUGCACAUCUACAGCCGCUGGAGGAACAGCGAGAUCCGCUGCUACGUCAACGGGCAACUGGUUUCCUACGGAGACAUGGCGUGGCACGUCAACACCAAUGAUAGUUAUGAUAAGUGCUUCUUGGGCUCCUCCGAGACUGCCGAUGCUAACAGAGUGUUCUGCGGACAGCUAGGAGCCGUGUACGUGUUCAGUGAAGCCCUUAAUCCUGCACAGAUAUUUGCAAUUCAUCAGCUGGGCCCAGGCUAUAAGAGCACGUUCAAGUUCAAGUCUGAGAGCGACAUCCACUUGGCGGAACAUCACAAGCAGGUGUUGUACGACGGCAAACUGGCCAGCUCCAUCGCUUUCACCUACAACGCCAAAGCCACCGACGCACAGCUAUGCCUGGAGUCGUCGCCCAAAGAAAACCCCUCCAUCUUUGUGCACUCGCCGCACGCGCUCAUGCUGCAGGACGUGAAAGCCACAGUGACUCACUCCAUCCACAGUGCCAUCCACUCAGUCGGCGGAAUCCAAGUGCUCUUUCCGCUCUUUGCUCAGCUGGACUACCAUCAGCUGAAUGACAGCCAGGUGGAGACUACAGUGUGCUCCACUCUUCUGGCGUUCCUGGUGGAGUUGCUCAAAAGCUCGGUGGCGAUGCAGGAGCAGAUGCUGGGAGGAAAAGGCUUUUUGGUCAUCGGCUAUCUGCUGGAAAAGUCCUCACGGGCGCACAUCACCAGGGCCGUGCUGGAGCACUUCCUCUCCUUCGCUAAAUAUCUGGACGGCCUCCCUCACGGGGCUCCGCUGCUCAAGCAACUGUGUGACCACAUCCUGUUCAACGCAGCCAUCUGGAUCCACACUCCCGCCAAGGUGCAGCUCUCGCUUUACACGUAUCUCUCUGCUGAGUUCAUCGGCACGGCAACCAUCUACAACACCAUCCGACGAGUGGGCACCGUGCUCCAGCUGAUGCACAGUUUAAAAUUCUACUACUGGGCCAGCAACCCGGCAGACAGCAGCGGCAUCAUGGCCAAAGGUCUCGAUGGGCCUCGACCGACUCAAAAGGAAGUGGUUUCUCUGCGGGGGUUCAUGCUUCUCUUCCUCAAGCAACUCAUCCUCAAGGAUCGAGGUGUGAAGGAAGACGAGCUGCAGAGCAUCCUCAACUAUCUCCUGACAAUGCAAGAGGACGAGAAUCUGCUGGACGUGCUGCAGCUAGUGGUGGCUCUCAUGUCGGAGCAUCCAGCCUCCAUGAUUCCUGCCUUUGACCAGAGGAAUGGAAUACGAGUAAUCUACAAGCUCAUGGCCUCCAAGAGUGAAAGCAUUCGAGUGCAAUCCCUCAAAGUCCUCGGGUACUUCCUCAAGCACUUGGGCCACAAGAGGAAGGUGGAGAUCAUGCACACGCACAGUCUCUUCACUCUCCUGGGGGAGAGGCUGAUCCAGCACACCAACACCGUGACGGUGACAAUGUACAACACAUUGUACGAGAUCCUGACAGAGCAGAUGUGCACGCAGGUUGUUCACAAGCCUCACCCUGAUCCCGACUCCGCUGUCAAGAUCCAGAACCCAAUGAUCCUCAAGGUGGUGGCGACCUUGUUAAAGAACUCGGCUCCCGGCGCCGAGCUCAUGGAGGUUCGGCGGCUCUUCCUCUCCGACAUGAUCAAACUCUUCAGCAACAGCCGAGAGAACCGGCGGUGUCUCCUCCAGUGCUCCGUGUGGCAGGACUGGAUGUUUUCUCUGGGCUACAUCAACCCCAAGAAUUCCGAAGAGCAGAAGAUGACGGAGAUGGUCUACAACAUUUUCCGGAUUCUUCUCUACCACGCCGUCAAGUACGAGUGGGGCGGUUGGCGCGUGUGGGUGGACACGCUCUCUAUUGCUCACUCCAAGGUCACGUACGAGGCGCACAAGGAGUACCUGGCAAAGAUGUACGAGGAGUACCAGCGGCAGGAAGAGGAGAACAUAAAGAAGGGGAAGAAAGGUUUGGUCAGCACCAUCUCCGGCCUGUCGGCCCAGACUUCAGGGAUCAAAGGUUCCAUCGAGAUCAGAGAGAUCGACGAGAACUCCCAGACCCCCGACAGCGAGGCGGACUACGAGUCCAGAAACCUGCUGGCUGAAGGUAAAGAGUUGGAGGACAGCCUCCGAGAUUCUGUUAACGGGGUCACAGAUGCCAACCUGCUGGUGGACAUCAAGGCUGAGAAAGUUGAGGCCACAGAGGUGAAGCUGGACGACCUGGACUCUGAGAGCAUCUCUGAGAACGGAGCGCUGGUAGAGGUGGAUUCUCUGCUGGACAACGUCUACUGUGCUUCAGUCAAACAGCUGAACUCCAGUGUUCUGCUGCCGAAGGGGCCACUGGACGACCAAACUACUCCGCCUCUCAUCACGCUCGAUGACGACAGCAUCACCAACAGCGGUGACUUCUUGUUCAGCAAGAUGGAUGCCGGCCUGGAGCUGAGUCCGGCUGUGCCUCUGGUGCUGCCCAGCCCUCAGGUUUCACGUGCCAGCGAUGAUCUGGGCCUGCUGGGGCACAUGACUGGCAGCUCGGAACUGAGCGCAAUACCUGGCGUUUUGGAGAAGGAAAGAUUUGGGAGGGCGUCAGAGGGCCUCGGCCCAGCAGACGAAUUGGCGAUCUCGCCGAGGACACCUGAGGGUGUUGUGGAGAAGGUUUCUGGAUCGACGGAAGUUGACAGUAAAUCCAGAAGUAAAGCAAACGUUGCGGGAAAUGUGUCUGAAGCAGCAGACGACAGCAAAGUGAAGAAGAUUCAGACGACAGCUACCACACAGAGUGUUCACGCGUCCUCUCAGAUGGAGCAGGACGUCCACGUGGACUUGGGCUUCAGGGGCGCAGCCAUGACAGAAGACCAGCGGCACCAGUUCAGCCCGGGUCCCCGCACCACCAUGUUCCGCAUCCCAGAGUUCAAGUGGUCCCACAUGCACCAGCGGCUGCUCACCGACCUGCUUUUCGCGCUGGAGAGUGACGUCCAAGUCUGGAGGAGCCACUCCUCCAAGUCGGUCAUGGACUUCGUCAACAGCAACGAGAACAUCAUAUUUGUCCACAACACCAUCCAUCUCAUCUCCCAGAUGGUGGACAACAUCAUCAUUGCCUGUGGGGGGAUCCUGCCUCUGCUCUCGGCUGCCACUUCGCCCACUUCUGAGAUGGAGAACAUCGAGGUGACACAGGGCAUGACCUCCGACACCGCCAUCACCUUCCUGUCCCGUCUCAUGGUCAUGGUGGACGUCCUGGUCUUCUCCAGCUCCCUAAACUUCAGCGAGAUUGAGGCUGAGAAAAACAUGUCGUCCGGCGGGCUGAUGCGUCAGUGCCUCCGACUCGUGUGCUGCAUGGCUGUGAGGAACUGCCUGGAGUGCAGACAGAGACAAAGAGACCGAGGACAUAAGUCUUCCAACAGCGACAGCAAGACGCAGGAAAUGCUGCAGAACAGUGUGACCUCCAACAAGGACCCGGACCGUCUCCUGCAGGACGUGGACAUCAAUCGCCUGCGUGCCGUCGUGUUUCGUGACGUGGACGACAGCAAACAGGCUCAGUUCCUGGCUCUGGCUGUGGUCUACUUCAUCUCCGUCCUCAUGGUGUCCAAGUACCGUGACAUCCUGGAGCCUCAGCGGGAGACGGUCCGGACCAACAACCAAGCGUCUCGCAACAUCCGGCAGGAGAUCAACUCGCCGACCAGCACAGAUCCGCCGCUGAUGUUCGACAGCACCAAAGACUCUUCAGCCGGAGACCAGCCCAAAAAAGAGAGCCCACUUCCUCGUGCUGACUCGGGUAUCGAAGAGGAGCAGGUCGUCAGCGUCCUGAACGGAUCGAUGGACUCUUCAAGCGAGCUCUUGACUUCGGAUCAGAGGAAACCCGGAGCCUCUGAUUCACCGGAAGCGAUAAACCCGGCCUCCUCCAUCGUCAGUGUCAGUCAGCCCAGCAAGGGCAUCAACGUGAAGGAGAUUCUGAAGAGCCUCGUGGCGUUGCCAGUGGAGGGCGCCGAAGCUGGGUUUGAACCUGUGAUCUACACCGACCUGAACCCCAAGAGCCAGAACCAGAGCGUCAUGCCCAUGCAGUUCCACUCCUUUGACAGGAGCGUGGUGGUGCCAGCAAAGAAGUCCUCUGUCGGGAGUCCAGCUGUGACCACACUGGGAGGAAGCAGCGUUGUCAGCGGCGCCCCGCCUGGACUGACAUCCAGCAGCACCCCCAACAUCUUUGCUGCCACGCCUGUCACCCCGAAAAGCAUGAUCAACACCAUGGGUGCCAGCGACGCGGCGGCUACGCCGUCUUCAUCUGCCAGCUUUGUCAACGGCGCCACCAGCAAGAAUCUGCCGGCGGUGCAGACGGUGGCCCCCAUGCCAGAAGACAGCGUGGAAAACAUGAGCAUAACAACGAAGCUAGAACGGGCGCUGGAGAAGGUGGCUCCCCUACUGAGAGAGAUCUUCGUGGACUUUGCCCCCUUCCUUUCUCGCACGCUGCUGGGCAGCCACGGACAGGAGCUGCUCAUCGAAGGACUCGUGUGCAUGAAGUCCAGCACUUCGGUUGUGGAGCUUGUGAUGCUGCUUUGUUCUCAAGAGUGGCAGAACUCCAUCCAGAAGAACGCCGGUCUGGCUUUUAUUGAGCUCAUCAACGAAGGAAGGUUGCUGUGCCACGCCAUGAAGGAUCACAUCGUCCGGGUGGCCAACGAGGCAGAGUUCAUCCUCAACAGGCAGCGAGCGGAGGACGUCCACAAGCACGCCGAGUUUGAGUCCAACUGCGCACAGUACGCCGCCGACCGAAAAGAGGAAGAGAAGAUGUGCGACCACUUGAUCAGCGCGGCCAAACACAGAGACCACGUGACGGCCAACCAGCUGAAGCAGAAGAUCGUCAACAUCCUGACCAACAAGCACGGCGCCUGGGGGACUCUGGCCCAGAGGCAUCAGCAUGACUUCUGGCGUCUGGACUACUGGGAGGAUGAUCUCCGUCGCAGGAGGAGGUUCAUCAGGAAUCCUUUUGGCUCCACCCACUUGGACGUCAUGUGCAAAACGCUGCAAGAUUACGAGAAAGACGAGGACGGUGUGGUGAAGUCGAGGAAGAGCUACCGCUGCCAGACCGUCACGAGCCAAGCGCCAGAAACCGAACUGAUCCUGGACGGAGAGGACGACGCCGCCAGCCUGCUGCAGGAGAAGGAGAUGGACGGUAACCUGGGCGGUCCUGUGGUUCUGAGCAGCCCGGCCCAGUUGGUGGCCCCGGUUCUGGUGGCCCGGGGGACCAUGUCCAUCACCACCACGGAGAUCUACUUCGAGGUGGAUGAGGAUGACCCCGCCUUCAAGCAUGUCGACGCCAAGAUUCUGGUCUACACCGAAGGUUUACACGGGAAGUGGAUGUUCAGUGAAAUCCGGGCCGUCUUCACCCGCCGUCACCUCCUCCAGAACACCGCCAUCGAGGUCUUCAUGGCCAACAGAACCUCCGUGAUGUUCAACCUCCCUGACCAGGCCACGGUGAAGAAGGUGGUCCACAGUCUACCUCGCGUCGGAGUGGGAACCAGCUACGGCCUUCCACAAGCCCGGCGAAUCUCCCUGGCCACCCCCCGGCAGCUCUUCAAGUCUUCAAACAUGACCCAGCGCUGGCAGCGGAGAGAGAUUUCCAACUUUGAGUACCUGAUGUUUCUCAACACCAUCGCAGGGAGAACGUACAACGACCUGAACCAGUACCCCGUCUUUCCCUGGGUCCUGUCCAACUAUGAUUCCGAGGACCUGGACUUGACUUUGCCGGGGAACUUCCGAGACCUCUCAAAGCCUGUCGGCGCUCUCAAUCCCAAACGCGGCGCCUUCUUCGCCGAGCGCUACGACACGUGCGAGGGCGACCAGGCCUCUGCGUGCCACUACACCUCCCACUACUCCACCGCGGCCUCCACCCUGCACUGGCUCAUCAGAAUAGAGCCCUUCACCACCUUCUUCCUGAGCACCAACGACAGGUUCGACCACCCUGACCGGACCUUCUCAGCCAUAACUCGCUCGUGGAGGAACUGCCAGAGGGACACGUCUGACGUGAAGGAACUGAUCCCUGAGUUCUACUACCUCCCGGAGAUGCUGGUCAACAGUAACGGCUACCACUUGGGGAUGAGGGAGGACCGGACCCUGGUGUGUGAUGUGGACCUGCCGGCCUGGGCCAAGACGCCCGAAGACUUUGUGCGGAUCAACAGGAUGGCUCUGGAAAGCGAGUUUGUGUCAUGUCAGCUGCAUCAGUGGAUUGACCUUAUUUUCGGCUACAAGCAGCGAGGCCCCGAGGCAGUGCGUGCCCUCAACGUCUUUCACCACCUGACUUACGAGGGCUCCGUCAACCUGGACGCCAUCACUGACCCUUCCCUCAGAGAGGCCACAGAGGCGCAGAUUCAGAGUUUUGGACAGACGCCAUCUCAGUUGCUUAUUGAGCCACAUCCUCCACGCAGCUCCGCCAUGCACCUGAGUCCACUCAUGUUCAAGGACCAGCUGCAGCAGGACGUCAUCAUGGUGCUCAAGUUUCCGUCCAACUCCCCGGUCACCCACGUGGCCGCCAACACGCUGCCGCACCUCACCGUGCCCGCGGUGGUGACGGUCACCUGCAGCCGCUUGUUCGCCGUCAACCGCUGGCACAACAAUGUCGGACUCAGAGGAGCUCCAGGCUACUCUCUGGAACAAGCUCAUCACCUGCCCAUAGAGAUGGACUCGCUGAUAGCCAGUAACGGCAGCAGCAGCAGCAGGCGUCAGAUCACAGAUCUGGUGGAUCAGAGCAUCCAGAUCACGUCGCACUGUUUCGUGGUGACGGCCGACAACCGCUACAUCCUGGUCUGUGGGUUCUGGGACAAGAGCUUCCGUGUGUACUCGUCUGAGACAGGGAAACUGACCCAGAUCGUUUUCGGCCACUGGGACGUGGUCACGUGUCUGGCCAGGUCAGAGUCGUACAUCGGAGGCGACUGCUACAUCGUGUCAGGGUCCAGGGACGCCACGCUGCUGCUGUGGUACUGGAGCGGGAGACACCACAUCAUCGGCGACAACCCCAACAACAGUGAGUACCCCGCACCGCGGGCCAUCCUGACGGGCCACGACCAGGAGGUGGUGUGUGUGGCCGUCUGUGCUGAGUUGGGACUGGUCAUCAGCGGAGCUAAAGAAGGACCGUGUCUGGUCCACACCAUCACCGGAGACCUGCUGCGAGCUCUGGAGCAGCCGGACCAGCACCACUGCCCACGGCUCAUCACGGUGUCCAGCGAGGGUCACUGCAUCAUCUACUACGAGAGGGGCCACUUCUGCAACUUCAGCAUCAACGGAAAACUUCUGGCACAGAUGGAGGUCAACGACUCCACCAGGGCGAUCCUGUUGAGCAGCGACGGACACAACCUGGUCACGGGCGGAGACAACGGCGUGGUGGAGGUGUGGCAGGCUUGCGACUUCAAGAAGCUCUACAUCUACCCGGGCUGUGACGCCGGCGUCCGAGCCAUGGACCUGUCACAUGAUCAGAGGACGCUGGUCACAGGCAUGGCCUCUGGAAGCAUCGUAGCGUUCAACAUCGACUUCAACCGCUGGCACUACGAACAUCAAAACAGGUACUGACCCGCGCGAGGGGCUGGAGAAGAACCCACGCCUGAGCAGCCGCAGAGGAAAACCCCUGAAUAUCUGGCCGGAGGACGGCGGCGCUGCAAACAAAGAAGCGUUCACUCGUCUUCGUUCGGCCUCCGCGGGAAAACUGCUGCUGUUUGUUUUUUUUGCACUCAUCACCGCACAAACACGGAAACGUUGGUUUCUGAACAGCGGCUGAAGGUUCUCCCCGUGCUGCCGUCUUCAUCGCGUCCGGGGCUGAAGGAGGAGAACAACCUUUAAGUAACUGUGAAAACCUGGGAGCAUUUGUGUGGUGCGACUCAUCGUCUGUCAGUGUUACCUGUUCCAUCACGUGUGCGUGGCCAUCGUCUGUUCCAGUGGACUGUGAUGUGGCAAAAUACAUGAAGUUGCUGUUGACUUGUUUCAGUGUUGUAAAGUCCAGAGUUCUGUCCUUUGUGUAACAUUUUGAUACCAGUAUAACCUCAUGAUGGCGUUUUGGUAUUGAGCCGGAGUUUCCCUUGUUGAAUGAAAUAUGAAUUUGAUUUGACUUUUGUACCAAUGAUCACUCUUUUGUAUGCUUUAAGUCGCCAACGUUUGUCCGUUGUGGGGCUCAUGGCUGGUUCACAUGAACAGCAACAGUUACCGACAACCUCAGCGCAGGAGGGAGUGAAGCAGGCGCAUCGAUUACUCUGACUAGGGACAAUCUCUGCAACCCUUCUACUUAAACAGAGACCACUGGGCACUUCGGUUUCCUCCCACUGUCCAAAACAGGUUAAUAGAUGAUAACUUGAAAGUCUCCGUUUAAAAAAAAAAAAAUGAUUGAGGAGCUGAUGGACACACACACACACAACUCACAAUUCUAGUCCUGGCACUGAUGCAGUCACAAUAACAGCCGUCCCUAACCGAGGUCAAGAUCAUUCUGCUGUCAUGCGAACGCAGCCUUCUACUGGGAAGCAAUAGUAUUAUCCUCAGUCCAAAUCAUUUGUGUGCCAACAAAAUAAUCCACUGUACUUUCAAGCUAUGAGAUUAUGCAAACUGUAUUUUUUCACAGAUCUGCAUGCAAGACUUAUUUAUUGAUAACUUUAUUUUGGUUUUGAUUUAUCUCUUGCAUUUAAAGAAAUUCAUAAUUAAAUAACCUAUGUAUGUUUAGAAAUUAUGUUGUGUUUACUCGAGAUUUUUGAGUUGGAUUCCUAAUAAAAACAGGAUUCUCGAUCUGUCUCUGACGAAUGGGUCAGUGAAAAGGACGAGCGCGUCUGUUGACUUCUGCCGCCAUCUGCCGGGCAGAUUCCGUUGUUGACGUUCCCUGUUGGGCUGAGUAGUUCAGUAGGUGGCACUCUCAGGUUAAACAUGACGUGAGGCUGCGCAUAGCGCGCCAUCUAGUGACCUUGAG